UGUACGAUUGGAAGAGAAGGCGGCUCUUAGACUCGCGCCUCUGCUUCUGUCGGGGACCCCUGACUUUUAAGCAGCGGUCUUUCCCAAAGGUGGAUCGAGGCGAAUGAAGUUUUCCACUGUUGCUGUCAACACCCUGUGUUCCGCUCACCUCCCACACUGGGGGGUGGCGGCUGGAUCACGUGGGGUGCCUUUUGGGCAGGGCCCUUGGCCCCUGCCAUGGAUGAAGGUGGUUCUAGCAUCCGCCGGCGAGUGUCUGUCCGCAAAAGGAACCGUCCUAGCCUAGGGAGCAUUUUUGCCGCCCCCGGCGCCGCUGAGCUCACGAGGGAUGAUGAAGAGAAAGUGGAGGAGAAGGAAGAGGAAGAGGAGAAAAUGGUUGAAAGCUGGCGGCGGAAAACUGUGGGCGCACAAUCUGCCGAGCAUAAUGACAGUGAAGAGGACAUGUUUGGUGACUAUGACAGCUUUGGUGACAACUCUUUUUUAGUUGAAACUGAUGCCCUGGAACAAAAAUAUAUGCAACUUCAGGAACAAAGAAAACAUACUACAGACCUUAGCACUGAAGAACUUUGUUUAGAAAACAUCAAACACAACAACCUCAGCAAUGCUAAUGUAGGCAACUUUACCGAAUUAAAAGUGGAUGCACGCACAAAGAACCUGAGUGAGCAUGAAGAUAUCUCUACUGAACCUGGAGUUGAUAUUUUGUAUGAUAUACCUUCUUCACAAGUUUUAUAUUUUGAAAAUUUGCAGAAUUGUUCAAAUAAUUUGGAUGAUCAGACCACUAACGAGAGGGGUUGGGCGUCAUUAUCUCACCAGACUGUGAAUGAAGAAUUGCCUUGUGAGAUCAUAGAGCAACCCCAGAAAACUGAUGAAUCCUCUUCGAAAGUCAAAACUAAUUCAGAUGUGAAUAGAAGAAGUAUUAAAGAUCAUUUAAAAAGUGCCAUGGCUAGAAAUGCCAAGAAGGCCCAAACACCAAUAUUUUCUAGGACUAAACAACUCAAAGAGACUCUCCUAUCUGAAGAAAUUACUGUUGCUAAGAAAACAAUUGAGUCAUCAUCAGAUGACCUUGGUCCUUUUUAUUCAUUACCCAGCAAAGUGAAAGACCUUUAUGUUCAGUUCAAGGGCAUUGAACAUUUAUAUGAAUGGCAACAUACUUGCUUAACACUGAAUUCAGUGAAAGAAAGGAAAAAUUUAAUAUAUUCCUUGCCAACAAGUGGUGGAAAAACUCUUGUGGCUGAGAUACUAAUGCUACAAGAACUGCUUUGCCGGCGGAAAGAUGUGUUAAUGAUCCUACCAUAUGUGGCAAUUGUCCAGGAAAAGAUUUCAGGUUUGUCAAGUUUUGGUGUAGAGUUGGGUUUCUUUGUUGAAGAAUAUGCUGGCAGCAAAGGAAAAUUUCCUCCAAUUAAAAGAAGGGAAAAGAAGUCAUUAUAUAUUGCCACUAUUGAAAAAGGACAUAGUCUGAUAAACUCCUUGAUUGAAACUGAAAGGAUUAACUGUCUGGGUCUGGUUGUUGUUGAUGAGUUACAUAUGAUUGGUGAAGGAAGCCGAGGGGCUGUACUCGAAAUGACCCUGGCAAAAAUCCUCUAUACUAGCAAAACAACUCAAAUUAUUGGUAUGAGUGCAACAUUGAACAAUGUUGAAGAUCUCCAAGAGUUCCUGCAAGCAGAAUAUUACUCCAGUCAGUUUAGACCAGUUAAAUUAAAAGAAUACCUAAAAAUAAAUGACACGAUAUAUGAGGUUGACAGCAAAGCUGAGAAUGGCAUGACUUUUUCACGGAUCCUUCAUUAUAAGUAUUCUGAUAUUUUGAAAACAAUGGAUCCUGAUCACUUGGUAGCAUUGGUGACAGAAGUGAUUCCUAAUUAUUCCUGCUUAGUGUUUUGUCCCACCAAGAAGAACUGUGAAAAUGUUGCUGAAAUGAUAUGCAAAUUUUUAAGCAAGAACUAUCUGAAACACAAGGAGAAAGAAAAACAGGAGGUCAUUAAGAACUUGAGGAACACCAGCAGUGGAAACCUGUGUCCUGUUUUGAAACGCACUAUCCCAUUUGGAGUUGCCUACCACCACAGUGGUUUAACAAGUGAUGAGAGGAAGCUCCUGGAAGAGGCCUACUCCGCAGGAGUUCUCUGCCUUUUAACGUGCACCUCCACCCUGGCAGCAGGGGUGAACCUACCAGCUCGAAGAGUUAUUUUAAGAGCGCCCUAUGUUGCAAGGGAAUUUUUAAAGAAAAAUCAAUAUCAACAGAUGAUUGGCAGAGCGGGCCGUGCUGGAAUGGAUAGUACUGGGGAGAGUAUCCUUAUAUUGCAAGAAAAAGACAAACAACAGGUAUUGAAGUUAAUAAAUAGACCAUUGGAAAACUGCUACAGCUGUCUUGUUCAAGAAGUCACCAGGGGAAUCCAAACUUUGUUUCUCUCUUUGAUUGGUUUGAAGAUUGCAACAAAUCUUGGUGACAUACAUCGCUUUAUGAAUGGUACAUUUUUGGGUGUUCAGCAAAAGAUCUUGUUAAAAGAAAAAAGUCUCUGGGAAAUAACCAUAGAAUCACUUAGAUACCUGACAGAAAAAGGACUCCUAAAAGAAGACCCUAUUUUGACAGAAAAAGGAUUUCUACAAAAAGAUACUAUUCAUCAAUCUGAAGAAGAGUUCCAACAUAAUUUUCAUAUUACAAAAUUGGGCCAAGCUUCCUUUAAAGGAACUAUAGAUUUGGCUUAUUGUGACAUUCUCUACAGAGACUUGAAGAAAGGUCUUGAAGGGCUUGUGCUUGAAAGUCUUCUUCAUCUAAUCUACCUAACAACUCCCUAUGAUAUGGCUUCUCAGUGUGACCCUGAUUGGAUGAUAUACUUCAGGCAGUUCAACAAACUCAGUCCAGCAGAACAAAAGGUAGCUGCACUUGUUGGUGUCUCUGAAAGUUUUAUUGUGAAAAAAGCAUCAGGUCAAGUUGUCAAGAAGAAGGUGGACAAGGACAUUGUCAACAGACUAUACCUAUCUUUUGUUCUUUAUACUUUGCUCAAAGAGACCAAUAUUUGGAGUGUGUCUGAAAAAUUUAAUAUGCCUCGAGGAUAUAUACAAAAUCUUCACACUGGAGCUGCUGCAUUCUCUUCGUGUGUGUUACAUUUCUGUGAGGAACUUGAGGAGUUUUGGGUUUAUAAAGCCCUUUUGGUAGAACUUACCAAGAAGUUGACUUACUGUGUAAAGGCAGAACUAAUUCCUCUCAUGGAAGUGACUGGAGUUUUAGAGGGUCGAGCAAAACAAUUAUACAAUGCAGGUUAUAAAAGUCUAAUGCACUUAGCUAAUGCAAAUCCUGAAGUGUUAAUAAGGACAAUUGAUCACUUAUCAAGACGCCAGGCCAAUCAAAUUGUUUCAUCAGCAAAGAUGCUGUUACAUGAAAAAGCAGAAGCUUUGCAAGAAGAAGUAGAAGAGUUAUUGAGAUUACCUACUGAUUUCCCUGGUGUUGAGGUCUCUUCUAUGGAAUAGGCAUGAAGUUAUCUGAUGAACAUUCUCAAAUAUGAAUUUAUUAUAUAUAUGUUUUAUUAAAGAUUCCCUGUAAUUUAAGGUGAAAAAAAAACUUUUUAAUUUAUACACAAGAACUAUGUAUAAUGCUUGGAUAUACAACUCACCUGUAAUUACAGUAACUUUCCCACUAAUAAUCCAUUUUCCUCAAUGCUUACAUAUGUUUUCUCUCCUCAAAAUCUAUACUAUUCACUAUGAAAUGAAAUCCAAGUCUUUAACAUAGCUUCAUCUUACCUUACUACGCAGGUGUUUCAUUAUUCUCUUUGUCACUUCUUAUUCACUUUCAGUAUUCUCUUAUUUGCAUAUACCUCUAGACUAUUUGAAAUCCCUAGAUCUUACUGUAGAGCUUUCCAGCCUUCUUUUUCUUAACUCUUCUCAAUGCAUGGGAAAAUAUCUAAAAUGUGUUCUAUACUUGAAGUAUGUGGCAAAUGCUCAAAUAACAGUCUCCUCUAUGAAAUUGUCCCAAUGUUUCCUCGUCUAUACCGCAUAUAAGAGUUUCUGACCUAUGGUUUUAUAAGCCUCUCAUUUAUGCCAUGGGCAUGAAAAAUAGAAAUAAAAAUGUAGACCUAUAUGUAUAUCUAUAAAAUUACAUAGUAUUAAGAAUAUUUUUAUAGCUUCACUAAUUUUUUUAUAUUAUAAAGCAUUUCUUUCAAGGGGGUAUUACUUUCUGCAUACUAUUCUGAAUAAAUGCCAGGCACA